AUGUGGUCUGUUUCAUCAAAGUCAAAACUUAAUUUUCCUCAGGCAGGAAAUAUCGAACUUAGUGAUGUUGUACAUGAUCUAGAACAAUACCUAUCGGUGCCCAAAACCAUAAAUUAUUCUCAGUUUCCACCUUUUGUUGUCAAAGCUCUUUGUGAUGACUGUUCAGUGUUAUCAUGUGGAUGUCUCAUAUCCGAAAAACUAGCGAACGAACUGAGUACGCAUUCAAAAGAAUUUGUCUGUCCCCAGUGUCAUAAUACGGAUGUAUAUCUUUUGAACGUAUGCACCACCAUUCGUUCCUUGGUGAAGUAUGUUCACGGAUUGAAAGAUAUUUUAGUUUAUGAGAAGGAGUCCAACUCUGAAAAUGCCAAAGAGUCGAGCGUUAGUGAACAUGAAUAUCAGCAGAAACAACACAAAGUGACAUUUCUAUCUGCAUUUAAUGAGGUAUUUGCUGAGAUAAAUAGCGGAUCACGUAUCGAAGAUUAUAAGAAAGAUGGUUACAAUUCGAUGAAUACGCAAUCAUCUAGUUAUAGUAGCAGAGAGUGUGGUCGUCAAUCUAACGGUCCUAUUUCAUACAAAGAUAGGAGAUUACAAGGAGAACAGCAGGCACAGCAAUCAAUUGCUUCCACUUCACCAGGAAGUAAUUUCACGCCAUCUUCGCUUCAUUCUCUAUCUAGACAGAGAACAAAAAACUCAUUUCCGACGUCUAACUUGACAAAGUUGCUCACUUCGUCUUCAAAUAAUGAUAAAGUAGGUCUCAAAAAGAAUCAGGGACGGCCACAAAGUAUGGAUGCAAGUAAAGAACUUAUUUACGGAAAGAAUUUUCCAUUUUUCCGUAAACUCUUCCAGUAUAGACUUCAUCAUUCGAAAUUCUUUCCAAGAUCGAAGCUUUUUAUUGGCACUUCCAUUUCACCUGAUUUGAAGCAUCUUGCUCUUCUUACUGAACGGAAGUUUGAAGUAUAUUCCCUAGAUCCGGAUAAGCCAGAUCAAUGUCCAAAGUUAUAUUGCUGUGGCAAAAGCAAUGGAGAAUAUGGUUCCGAUUACUCAGAUCAUCACGUUAUUAGUGAUGAGGAAGUUGUCAGAAACUCCAAUUUCACGGAGUCGCCUGGAUUAGCAUUAGAAGCUCUUACCAAAUGGGAACAUCAUUCGUGCAAGAUUUCUAAGAAUAUACUUGUAAUUGCCGGAAGUCGCGGAUUCUUGAGAAUUCAUGACUUAUCGUUUAGGGGCAGAUGCAUCUUCACUUAUCAGUGUAAGUUUCCAAUACGGUGUAUGGACAUGUCACCGGAUGGAAAAUUUAUUAGCAUUGGAAUAACAGGGAAGGAUAAGUACACAUUGGUUGAACAGGCGUUUGUCAUUCUUUUACGUCUUGAUUUUGAUGAUUCUACAGAUGUCGAAAGUGCAAAUGUGAGUCUUACAAGCAGUAAUAAGGCUAUUUAUAAAUUAUUUCAUCCUGCAGAAGACCAUGCAAAUAAUGGAGAGAGUAAUUCGACAAACACUUUAUCAACUUUUCAAACAUCCCAGGGGGUGCAUGUUGGAUUGCGCCUAAUUGCCUUUCCCUUUAAUCUUCCUUAUAGAGAUCCCAUAAAUAUUUUGCAAUUUUCACCAAAUUCGAAAAUGCUAUCUGUGGCUACAGCAUUGGAAUCUAGAUUUCUUACAAUUAACAUCACAGAUCCAAACAGGCCAAUUUUAGUCAUGAAAUCUCAAAGAAGAAUGGAUACCUCAUUGGAUAGCGAAGGAAUAACGGACAUGCAGUUUUUUCCCGAUGAUAGGAUUAUGUGUAUUACAUCUGUUGCAAGUAACUCCGUGCCAAUAGUAAUAGAUACCAAUAUUAGUUCUAUAUCUGGCCCGAAUGGAAUUGCAAAACCAAAGAUGUUACUGAAAGUGAGCGAAGUCGGAAGCACAAUUCACAAAUGUUGUGUUUCUCCAAGGGGUGAUGCCGUAGCCUAUUUGGAUAGGUCUGGAACUGUUUACAUUAUGAUGUGCCCUAGAAUGGAUGAUAGUGAUAAUAAACGGAUUGUUGUCGUCACAGAUGUAGCCAACUCUUUUACCGUUGGUGAAUCUGCAUCUAUGAGGUUUGAUAGUCAUGGAUAUAAACUUUACAUUAUUGAUAGAAAGGGAAUACUUACAAUAUCUGAUUUCACUGCUGGUACAGUUGAGGAUCAGUCCGUCACUCGCUGCAAAAUAAUAACUUGA